ACAAUCGCUCUUCACUUUAAUCUUAACUCUUAUUUAAUUCUUUCAGUUCUUUCAUAUUUAUAUUUUAGUCAUUCUUGUUACAUAAUUUUAAAUUAUUAGUUAAAUUUGUCAUGCAACUUUUAUAAUUCUCCGUCGUACGUGAUGUACUUUAAACGUUUAUUUAUUAUCUAGUGUUUAUCAUCAGUGAAUACCGGGGCGUACUUUCUUAACGCCAACUAACUCUCAUGAAUCAAAUGGACAUCGGACUGACCGAAGCAAUGAAAAAUAUAGUUCCUAAAGGACUUCCGGCCGACAUUAAUUCGGCGUUUAGUGGUUAUGUGACGGAGAAACUUUACAUGCUGCUGCAGCUGUAUCUGCAAAAUAAGGGAUGGAACAGCAUAGAAUUGUUGAAAAUAUUCUCUGAAAUGAAGGAUUCAUCUGUACUGCCUAGUGCUUCCUAUUUACAAAUGAUGGCUUCUAGAGUGUCAUUAGAUAGUCAAGCAAGAUUAAUCCUUCGAGAAAAUGGCAAAAUUAUUUUACCUUAUGAACAUUUUGCAAAUGCUGUUAUGUUAAAGCAUAUGAAUGGACCGCAUGGAUUACAUUUAGGUGUUGAAGGAACUGUUCGAGCGGUUAUGGAUUCAUAUACAAUUGGUCGUGAAAAUUUUGGUAUGGAAAAAGACUUUAUUAUUGAAGUUGUACAAAAUUGCCCAAACCCAGCAUGUCGAUAUUACAAGACUCAAUUAGAUUUAUCUCAACAUACUAAACAGUCAAAUUACUUGAACUCUUCGAAUUCUGGCGUGAAUAUCCCAGUUGGUCGUGAAAGUCCAAGUAUAUCAAUGAGUCAAAUGAUUAAUCAGCAAUUAAGUGCUCAUGGUUUGGCACCUUCUAGUACUCAAUCCCAACAACAGCAUUCAACGCCUGUUGAUCUAACUGGACCAUCUCCACACCCAACUCCUGAAAUACCGAAUCCUAUGCCUAUACAUGUACCUCAGGUUCCAAAAACUGUAAGUGCACGACAAGCACAGCACAAUAAGUUGGCAGAUUUUUUAAAAGCAAAUCUUGAAAAUCUAGACAAUAAAGAUUUAAUGGCUGCUCAUGAUACAACUUGGCCUGAAGUUUCAGACAAUCGUAAAGGUCAUUUAGAUGCUGGCCAAGAAAAAAUUAUCAGAGCAUUUUCAGAAAUAAUGAAAAAUAUGAAUAGAAUGAAAGCAUGUGUGAGACCAGCUAUGUGUAAACCUUAUGGAAAACAAUCUGAAUCAUUGCAAAAAACAUUGAUUGAUACAAUACAGCUUGUUCAGUCAUUAAGAUCAUUUCUUCCUCCACCACAUAUUGCUGUCAGUAGUUGGAAAAAUGAAGAUAAACAUGGAUUAAGAAAAACUGUUCUAGACAAUUCUAAUCAAACAGUUUCAGCUGCCAAUUUUAAAGAUCUCUGUGAUGCAAUGUCUCGCAACAAGCAAAAUUAAGAAUUCGCAUAAAACUUGCGAAAAGUAAAAAUUUUUUUCAACUAUAUUCAUCAACUUUUAAAAAUUACAUUGCUUUUAUUUUUAUGUCUAGUCAAA